UAGUCCUCUGUGAGAGAGACUCACUGCACAUGCUCAGUAUCCUCCUUGUUCCAAAGGGAAUCAUCGAGCGCCUUCAUUGCUGCCGACAUUCUCAACUGUUCAUGAACUGAAGUCGGUUCUUCUGCGAUCCUCGUAAUGGACUCUCAGAAAGAUGCCUUACAGAGGAUAAUUGCCACAUUAGCAAACAAAAAUGAGGAGCUCCAGAAUUUCAUUGAAACGCUGAAUCACACUUUGGGUCAAGUUCAGGUCAACUCAACACAGGUGGUGUCGGAUUUAGAGGAGGAAUUCGACACGCUGUACUCCAUCCUAGAUGAGAUGAAAGAGAGUAUGACAAACACCAUCAAACAGGAAACAGUCCGGAAAUCACAUGAGCUUCAGAACCAGCUGACCCAAAGCACCAGUGCAUUAGAGAGUGCGGAGGAACUUCUGGAGUUUGCUAAUAAUGCGCUGCACAUUACAGAUGAGGGGGAGUUCACUAAGGCUGCCAAACAGAUCAAAGAUAGGGUCACGAUGGCUCCUGCCUUCCGUUUGACUAUGAAGCCCAAAGCCACAGAUAAUAUGACUCACCUGAUGGUGGACUUCAGUCAGGAGAGACAGCUUCUGCAGGGCCUCAAGUUCCUCCCCGUGCCAAGAGCUCCAGAGAUAGUGCUGGGGGACUGUCAGGUGAUAGAUAAUGAGGUGACAGUCACCUGGAGAAUGCCGGUGGAGGACAGCAAGAUUGACCAUUACAUCUUAGAGUACAGAAAAACCAACCAUGAGGGUUUGCCACGCGUGAAGGACGAGCAGUGCUGGGAGGUGGUGGACAACAUCAAGAGCACUGAAUACACCUUACAAGGGUUAAGAUUUGACACUAAAUUUAUGAACUUCCGGUUAAGAGCAUGUAACAAAGCAGCUGCCGGUGAUUAUUCGGACCCGGUCACAUUGGAAACUAGAGCGUUUAACUUCGGCUUUGACUCCACGUCAUCUCAUCUGAAUCUGAAGGUGGAGGACAGGAGCGUAGAAUGGGAUCCUCAAGGAGGAAAAGGCGUCGACAGCAAAGUCAAAGGGAAGGAGAACAAGGGCAGCAGUGCACAUUUCACCAAUCUGAAGAAUAUGUCAAGAAGUGGAACUCCGUCUCCUAAAAGAACAUCAGUGACUCGUUCACCCGCCCCGAGAGGAGCCAGGGAUCGCUUCACUGGAGAAUCCUACACAGUACUGGGUGACACCAGUAUAGAGUCUGGCCAGCAUUACUGGGAAGUGAAGCCUCAGAAAGACUGUAAGUCCUACAGUGUUGGUUUGGCCUACAGAAACCUUGGGAAAUUUGACCAGUUGGGGAAGACCAACACCACGUGGUGUAUCCACGUCAACAACUGGCUGCAGAACUCGUUUGCGGCCAAACACAACAACAAGGCCAAGAAUCUGGACGUCCCGGUACCGGACAGCAUAGGGGUCUACUGCGACUUUGAUCGGGGCCAACUUUCUUUCUAUAAUGCUGAAAACAAACAAUUGCUCCAUACUUUCAAAGUGAAGUUCACCCAACCUGUUGUGCCAGCUUUCAUGGUGUGGUGUGGCGGUCUGACCCUGUCCACUGGCCUGCAGAUACCCAGUGCAGUAAAAAGCUUCCAGAAGACAGAAAAUGGGCUGGGAGGAUCAAACAGCAGUAUAUCUCAGCAGGAUCCCUCAGUAGCCUGCGAUAUCUGCUUGUACGAUAAACUGCCUUCAGUAGACAGUUCCCUGAUGCCGUGACCCAAAAACAUCGAAACACUAAUCAGGAAACCAUUUUGAAAACUGAACACACAUCCAAUGACGAGGCAUGCAGACUCCCAGCACAAAGAGACCAUCGCUGCAGCUUUGACUGGCAGAAUUUGGAGAGACGUUCUUAUGAAGAGGCCUUCGUAACGUCUUGCUUUCGUCAGGAGAUGUUUGCGUCAGAAAAGCUAGUCGCUUUAUCAGGGAAUAGUUGAGUGCACUUUCUUUACUGAUUUUAGUUUGAAUGAUGACAUGCUUUUUUGAGUUGUUUGUCCUUCACUAGUUGAUUCUUAUAUUAUUUUAGUUCUGUUCCAUGUAGUGUGAGUGUGUUAACUCCUUUCUAUGGUAUUUUCUUUUUUUACAUUAACUGUACUGAUAUCUGAACUCUGUAGCUUAUUCUUCAGUUGUUGAAUUUGAAACAAGGAAUGCUUUGCACAAGUGUAAAAAUGAUCAAAGCUGCUUUUAAUGUCCCCUCAUGGUCAUAUACUGUUAUUAUAUCUGGAUCAUUUUGGAUGUGGACUGUACAUUUUUGUUGUAUAAAUGUGUCAUUCUGUUGAUUUUUAAGUCAUUUAGGGUCUAACUUUUGGAAUAAAUAAUCAAACCUCCGUCUGUUUCUAUGUAACACUCCUUAAUGAGCUUCAAUCCAAACAUUAAAGCUCACCAAAGACUUCU